CUGCUGUUUAUCCCCUAGGGCUCACCUGUUACUUGCACUCCAGUCUGAGUCCUCACCACACGCAGCCAUGCCCCAGAUAACGCUGAGGGGGGUGACGGUGGAUUUCCCCUUCCAACCAUACCCAUGCCAGGAGGUCUACAUGAGCCGGUUGUUGGAGUGUCUGCAGGAGAAGGUGAAUGGUAUCCUGGAGAGCCCCACGGGCACCGGGAAGACCCUGUGUCUGCUCUGUGCCACGCUGGCCUGGCGUGAGCACCUCCGGGAUGCCAUCUCUGUCCGCAAGAUUGCCGAGCGUAUGAAUGGAGAUCCUUUGUUCCCUGGAGCUGUUCCAUCCUGGGGGUGCAGUGCCACUGCUGAUGGAGAUGGCCCAGCUUCCUACAUGGACAUUCCUAAGAUCAUCUACGCUUCUAGAACACACUCACAGCUCAGCCAGGUCAUUGGUGAGCUCCGGAAUACUUCCUACAGGCCUCGGGUGUGUGUCCUGGGCUCGAGGGAGCAGCUCUGUGUCCACCCAGAUGUGCGGAAAGAAAGCAACCACGUGCAGAUCCACUUGUGCCGCAAGAAGCUGACAACCCAUUCCUGUUCUUUUUAUAGAAAUACUGAGGAGAAGAGCCUGGAAAAGGAUCUGACCACCCCUAUCCUGGACAUCGAGGACCUGGUCAAGGCUGGGGGCAAAUACAAGCUGUGCCCCUACUACCUGGCCCGGAAUCUGCGUCAGCAGGCUGACAUCAUCUUCAUGCCUUACAACUACUUGCUGGAUCCCAAGAGUCGCACAGCACACAAUAUUGACCUGAAGGGCACGGUGAUUAUCUUCGAUGAGGCUCACAACGUGGAGCAAAUGUGCGAGGAGUCAGCAUCUUUUGAUCUCACACCCCAUGAUGUGGCCUCCGGGCUGGACGCCAUCAGCCAAGUGCUAGAGGAACAGACCCGGGCCGCUCAGCAGGGGGAGUUGUCCCUGGCCUUCGGUGUGGACUCCACCAGUGCAGAAGACAGGAGAGGGCUGAGUCUGGGGCCAGAGGAUGUGGCCAAGCUGAAGAUGGUUCUUCUUCGUCUGGAGGCUGCCAUUGAUGCCAUCGAGAUACCGGAAGACAACAGUGGUGUCACCAAGCCGGGGAGCUUCAUCUUCCAGCUCUUUGCCGAAGCCCAGAUCACGACACAGACCAAAGACUGCAUCCUGGACUCCCUGGACCAGAUCAUCCAGCACCUGACGGGGCGUCCUGGGCCAUUCAUCUACACGGCAGGGCUACAGAAGCUGGGGAACAUCAUCCAGAUUGUCUUUAGCUCAGACUCUGCACAGGAAGGGCCUGGCUCGGUGACAGGAUUCGAAGUUUCUCAAUUCUACAAGGUGCACAUCCACACCGACACCAACCAGCGGAAGACGUCUCAGCAUUCUGCUUCCUGGAACAACCCUGUGGUCAGGAAGUCAGGGAAGGUGCUGAGUUACUGGUGCUUCAGCCCCGGGCACAGCAUGCGGGAGCUGGUCGUUCGAGGUGCCCGCACCAUCAUCCUUACCAGUGGCACCCUGUCGCCCGUGUCCUCCUUCGCCCAGGAGAUGCAGAUCCCCUUCCCAGUGUGCCUGGAGAACUCCCACGUCAUCGGCCAGCACCAGGUCUGGGUGGGCAUCAUCCCCAGGGGUCCAGAUGGAGCCCAGCUGAGCUCAGCGUUCGAAAAGCGGUUCACCGAGGAGUGCUUGUCUUCCCUGGGGAAAGCACUAGGCAACAUUGCUCGAGUGGUCCCCCACGGGCUUCUGGUCUUCUUCCCUUCCUACCCGGUCCUGGAAAAGAGCCUGGACUUCUGGCAGGCCCAUGACUUUGCCAGGAAACUGGAGGCCCUGAAACCUGUGUUUGUGGAGCCCCGGAGCAAAGGAAGCUUCUCUCAGGUCAUGGAUGCCUAUUAUGCACGGGUCAUCGCCCCUGAGUCCAGUGGGGCCACCUUCUUGGCGGUAUGCCGGGGUAAGGCCAGUGAGGGGCUGGAUUUCACCGACUAUAAUGGCCGGGGCGUCAUCAUCACGGGCCUCCCUUACCCACCACGCAAGGACCCCCGGGUGGUGCUCAAGAUGCAGUUCCUGGAUGAGAUGCGAGAAAAGAGUAGGGAGGGCCAGUUUCUCUCUGGGUACGAAUGGUACCGACUGCAGGCAACCAGGGCCGUCAAUCAGGCCAUCGGGCGGGUAAUCCGCCAUCGUCAUGACUAUGGUGCGGUGUUUCUCUGUGACCACAGGUUUACCUACGCAGACAUCAGAGCCCAGCUGCCCUCCUGGGUGCGCCCCCAUGUCAGGGUUUAUGAGAGCUUUGGCCAUGUGAUCCGUGACGUGGCCCAUUUCUUCCGUGUGGCUCAAAAAACAAUGCCUGUGCCGCCCCACCGGAAUCCGGCCCUGGGUCCUGGUGCGGAAGAGGGUGCUGUGCCACUGCUGUCUGCAUCGCACAGCCCUCUGCCCACGAGGAAGGCUCGGACCCUGGACCUGCAUGUGCCCAGCCUGCAGCACAGACAAGCUGGAUCCCCGAGUGACCGGGACACCAUGGGCAGUCUGUGCGUGGAGUACAACCAGGAGUCAGCCCAAGCUUCGAGGAGACCUGGGGGGCUGCUGGCUGCCCUGGAGCACAGCGAGCAGCAGGCCGGGGCACCUGAUGAUGAUUCCCCACUGUCAGGUGUGGGUACUUCACUUUUCCCCCAGCACAAGAGACCAGUGGAGCCCCGAGCCUUCCGGAGAGGUGGGAGGAAGAAGAUCCGGCUGGUCAGUGGCCCGCAGGAGGGCUCAGCACCCGAGGCACAGACCGAGAAGGCCAAGCUGUUCAUGGUGGCUGCAAAGCAGAGGCUAAGCCCAGCCGGCUUCCAGGUGUUCACGAAGGCCCUUCGGGCGUACAAGGCCUCAGACGACUUCCAGGCCCUGGGGACCCACCUGUGUAGUGUUUUUGGCGAGGACUCGGAGAAGCAUAACCUGUUCCGAGGCUUCUACCAGUUCGUGCGUCCCCACCACAAGCAGCGCUUUGAGGAGCUGUGUCUGCAGUGGACGGGCCAGCGCUGUGGUGGUGCUGAGCCGGUACCCUGCCUGUCCAGGGCCAGGGUCUCUGGAAAGCAAGAUUCUCAGUCCAAGCUGACAGUGUCCGAGGGUACGGCCAAACAGCUGGACUCCGAGGGGCACCUGAAUGGAGGUCGUUUGCACCUGGUGUCUGGGGCACUCCCUGCAGGAGCCCCCCAGCCAGAGUUCCCCGGGCAGGCUUUGGAGCGUGAGUACCUGGCCCAGGUGCACAGGGCCCUGGGUCCAGCAGGGAGUGGUCGGCUGCAGGAGGUGCUGAGAACGUACAGGCAGGACGGAGACCUGGGGAAUGCACUGGCUGUGGUGGCUGACCUCACUACUGAGAGACCUGAGGACUUCCCCCUGCUGCAGGGCUUCAGCUCGUUCCUGAGGCCUCAGCACUUGCCGCAUUUCCUACAGAUCUGCUCUGAUCUGAAGGGUCCACCUGCCUCUCCCAGCCCUGGAGGGGGCGGGUGCUGAGCCACUGGAACUCCCACUGAGGAGCCUGACCCUUGCUCUGGUUCCCGGGGCCUGCGGGCCUGGUGGGUGACUGCCCAUCCUUGCCCAGGUGAAUACCUCAGCCAGUGCUGGACA